GAGACUCAUUUUUCCCGACUUUAUGCAGGGGGCCGAGCGCUUUAUCUUCACUCCGCUUUUUCAACACUAAAACAAGACCCUGUUAAACAUGAUCAGACGUGGAUGAAACGCGACAGGGAAUCCGACAGCUCAACAUCUUAUCCGACUUAAAGUAUUGUUAGUUUGUUUAUUUAUUUAUUUCUAUUUUUUGUUUCCAACUUUUUUUUUUUUUUUUUCUUUCAAUGAUCUUAACUUCAACUCUAUCGGAGCUUUCAACCGGCUCCAGCUGAGACGGAUCAGAAAUCACAACCCGGCUGUAGGAAGCUGGUGAGAGUGCCUUCCUGUUAUAGAGUGGCUGGGUGUUCAGGAGCUUGCGGAUCGCCUCUGCAUUUUGGAGCACCUUGAAGAACUUGUGGUGAUCGGCGAGCCGUGCCAGAAUCGGCGCCAUGACCGGUCAGUAGGGAACCACAGACGCCAGCUUCAGCAGCCACACAGGUAGGUGACUUGACCCCAUGUAGGAGCAGGAGGGCUAUAAACGGAGGACGUGCGAUGGGUGAACAGGACAGGACACGUCGAGGUUUAAAUGUUAAUCCAUGCACAAUGCAUGUAUUUGUUUGUAACAUCUUUUAAAAGCUGCCGAUACUAAUUUCAUCAUUAAUGUUUAAGUAGAUAAUGACUAUUAUAUAAGAUCCAUAAAUUCCGUAAAUGCUUUUACUUGUACUUUAUCACUGUGAUUAGAUGGGUGCAACAUUGUAAAUGCUGUUUAUCGUUACUACCAAAAAAAGAUUUUUAAAUUUUGUCCGAGUGUAUUUGUUGUUUUUUAACACUUUGAUAUGUUCAUCAAAAUAGCCAACAAUGCUCCUGUCAUUUUUCAUUUUCUAUCAUCAUCAUCAUCAUCAUCAUCAUCAUCAUCAUUGCCAUCUCUGUAAUAAUUAUGAGGAGGGAGAGGCAGUGUGGGAACAGGAGGGGGGAAUGAAAACUUAUGAGAACAGCAACAGGAAAUGGAAGUUACAGUAUGUUAUUUUGGGAUGUUUCGGAAAAAAGCUUCAUCCUCCUUGAGAAUGCGGAGAAUAUCAGAAAGGGGUGUAGACCGCGGACGGAGCUCCUCCUUCCAUGAGGUGGGUGGCUUGCGAGAGCUGGAAAUGAGGGGGGCAGCCUCCGUUUCCGAAGAAACCUCGAACGCUGGUGCAAGUGGCGGAGGCCACACCGUCCUACAGCGACUCCUGCAGGAGCAGAUGCGCUAUGGCGAAGGCAGAAACUACCUCGCCUUGCAGCAGCAGCAACAACAGCAGCAGCUGCAGCAGCAACAACAGUCACAGCCGCAGCAGCAACAGCAGCAGCUUUUGGGCCCAGGAGACGAACACUCCAUGGUCCCUCACAUUGCUCGACAGGAGCCACAGGGCCAAGAACUGCAGGCAGACAGUGGCAUGGAGAAGCAGCUGAACGCAAGAGGCAGUGGAGGUGCUGGAUCCCAAGGCCAGAACCCUGAGGACCUGCCUUCAUAUGAGGAAGCCAAGGUGCAGUCACAGUAUUUCCGUGGCCACCAGCCACAGCCACAGCUUGGCCCAACGGUGGGCGCUGCCUUCUAUGUUACCGGCGUCACCAACACAAAGGUACGUCCUCCGGAGGGCCGCCCCGCAGUACAGCGGCUUGGCGCAGCCAAAGUGCACCAGGAUGAUGGCCUAAAGGACCUCAAGCAGGGUCAUGUGCGCUCGCUCAGUGAGAGGCUUAUGCAGCUUUCUCUGGCCACCAGCGGAGUCAAAGCCCAUGCACCCGUCACCAGCGCGCCACUCUCACCCCAGCUGCCUCAACCACCAGGACCGUCGGGGGACUACUACAAACCGGCAGGACCCCACCGUGGCCCGCCCCCAGACUAUCCCUAUAAAGGUCUACCCUCACCACCCAAACAACAGCAGCAGCACCACCAUCCACAGCACCAAGAUCCAGGACAUUACUAUUCAGACCACCGCGGCUCAGCUCAGCAGUCCAGAGCCGAUGUCCCUCAUGUGCGCUACCAACCACCACCAGAGUAUGGCUCUUUCCGCUCCAAUAAAGAGAGCUCAGUUCACUCCCAGAGGCCCAUCCAUCAACAUAGUCCCACAUCCUCGGUCACCUCUAUGGGUUCGCUGUCCCGUGCUCAGUCCUCCACCCUCAGCAGCAUCACGGCUUCUUCUCAUUCUUCUCCACCAAUGGCUCACCAGGUAGAACCACUCUACACAUUGGGGCCACGGAGUCCACAGGGUCUUGGCCCCCAUCAGGGCGAACCUUACGGCUUGGGCCCAUCUCACUCCGCGGCUCAUCAACGGCCCCAUGGCUUCCCUCAUGACCCCUAUGGCUCGGCACCCAGGGGCCUUCACCUGCACCAGCACCAGUUCCAUCCACAGGGGCAGCAGCAGCCUGUUCCAGCACAGCACUACCAACACCCUCACUCAUUUCAGGGUGACUCCUAUGCCAUGUUGGCACGUGCCCAGCAGAUGGUGGACAUGCUCACUGAAGAGAACAGGCAACUCAAGCAGGAGAUGGAGGUGUGUGUGGAGAAGGUGUCCAAGCUGCAGAAGCUAGAGACCGAGAUCCAACUGGUGUCCGAAGCCUAUGAGAACCUGGCAAAGUCCUCGUCCAAGAGGGAAGCCCUGGAGAAGACCAUGAGGAACAAGCUGGAGCUGGAAGUGCGCAGGCUGCAUGACUUCAACAGGGAUCUUAGAGAACGCAUGGAAACAGCCAACAAGCAGCUAGCAGCCAAAGAAUGUGAGGGCACGGAGGACAACCGCAAAACCAUCUCUCAGCUUCUGGCUCAGAACAAAGAGAGCCAGCGGGAAAAGGAGAAACUUGAGAUAGAGCUUAACGCACUACGCUCCACCAACGAAGACCAGCGCAGGCACAUCGAGAUCCGUGACCAGGCCCUGAACAACGCUCAGGCUAAAGUAGUCAAACUGGAGGAGGAGCUUAAGAAGAAGCAGGUCUAUGUAGAGAAGGUGGAGCGGAUGCAGCAGGCUCUGGCUCAGCUGCAGGCUGCCUGUGAGAAGAGAGAGCAGUUGGAGCACAGAUUACGCACACGGCUGGAGAGAGAGCUGGAGUCACUCAGGAUGCAACAGAGAUCAGGAGGCUCACAGAACCCCACAGGUCCUGAGUACAGCACGACGGCCCUGAUGGAGCACCUACGCGAGAAAGAGGAGAGGAUUUUGGCUUUGGAGGCCGACAUGACCAAAUGGGAGCAGAAGUACUUGGAGGAGAGCGUCAUGAGACAGUUCGCCUUGGACGCAGCGGCUUCUGUUGCCACGCAAAGAGACACGUCGUCAGCUAUGAUCAGCCACUCGCCCAGCAGCAGCUAUGACACCUCGGUGGAGGCACGUAUACAGAAGGAAGAGGAGGAGAUUCUCAUGGCUAACCGUCGCUGCCUGGACAUGGAGAGCCGUAUCAAGAACCUCCAUGCGCAGAUCAUCGAGAAGGACGCCAUGAUUAAGGUGCUGCACCAACGUUCACGCAAGGAGCCGAGCAGCAAACCCGACGGCCCGUCUGCCAUGCGUCCCUCCAAGUCCCUCAUGUCCAUAGCUACGGGUUCGAGUGGAUUGGGCAGCUCGGGUCUGCUGUCUCACUCGCUGGGGCUCAGCGGCAGCAGCCCGAUUACGGAGGAACGCAAGGAGGACCGCAGCUGGAAGGGCAGCCUGGGUGUGUUACUGGGGCCAGAGUUCAGAGGGGACUCUUUGAGGACCGAGUCCAUUUCGUCGUCUCCGUCUCCGGUGCUGCCGUCCACUCCGAUGCCGGUCGCUACCCACUCAAAAACAGGCAGCCGUGACAGCUGUACACAGACAGACAAAAGUCAGGAGUCGAGCAAACCCAGCACCCCGGCGCUGCAGAGCGUCACAGCCAGCAACCGCAUCAGCAGCCCCAGUCCUGUCUACAUCCCUGACCGGAUCGCAGAUGUUCCAGUGUUCCACAGCAAUACUCUGGAGAGGAGAGCACCGGCGCAGUCUCAUCACCAACAGCCGCAGCAACAACCACAAAAACAGGACGACGUAGAUAACGAGAUGGUGGAAAUACUCAUCUGAACCGUGUGACACGCUCGCAUACAAACACACACGACAGGUGAAGGAUUCCUUAUAGGACGCCAUGCGCUUGUGUUAUACUCACGGUGUAUUGAAAUGCACUACAUUUUUUAUGCCUCGUAUAGAACAAUACACCGCGUCGGCUACGAUUAACGUUUUUGUACAGUAUUCUGUGGUGGCGAUUUCAGUUUAGGACCAAACGUAUUGGCAACGUUUUUUUUUUUCCUUAGCAUUUAUUGCACUACUUUUUUCUUUCUUUAAGCUUUCGAUAUUAUUUGAACUAGAUAGUGCACAUAUACCAAUGUUAUCAGUUUUUGGCACUUGACUUAUAAGACGGUAUGCUUACUAGCGAAAAGGUUGUUCCAUGUAAAUACUGUAUCUAAAUACUGUAAGACCACAUGUAAGAUAGGAGGAGUGAAUGUGUACGGCCCUGUGAACUUUAAAGGCACUGCCAGAGUGUUGAAGAGUACUGACCUCGCAGAAUUGUGCGGUCUGUGGUUUUGCGGAGUAUGCAAAAAAAAAAAAAAAAAAAAACCCAACUGGUUUUGGGUUUGUGUAAGCAUGAGAUAUGAGUGAAUCUUUUUUUAUUUUAUUAAUUUUGUUCAAUGGGUGAGGUGAGGGGGGGAGGGGUUGGAUCAGCAAGCGUCCUUCUUUCCUUUUCAGCCGCGGCAUCGUCGACGUGCCUUAAAGCACCGCCGCCUUGUGAGGUGGUGAACGGGAGCGGUCAUUUCAUUCAUAGUUCACGGUCACGGUCAUGCCGAGUCUCUAUCCAUUUCAGCCCGUUUUAUUAAUUUACAUGAUGGUUACUAUGGUUACAUUUUCUGUUUUAUAUAGUAUGACGUGUUGCGUAUGAGAAAUUCCAGGGAAUCCGUAACAUACGUUGCGCUCUUGACCAAAGGACGGAAAGAAAUCGCACCUUGUAAACGUGUCAAAGUAACGAGGUAACGAAUCAUGUUCUGCUGAUCGAAUCGGUUAUGAAUCGGUCAGUCUGCGAAAUUAAGCAACGUCGCGUAUUCUCUCAAUAUUCACUUUUCUUUGCUCAGUGGGUUCUUGGCAUUGGCUUAAAAUCUCACAAUCACACGAUCAUCUAAACACCAAUUACCCCCCCCCCCCCCACCCCCCCAUUCCAGGAAUGUUGGAAUUUGGUCAAGUCGUACGUUUGUCUCUAGGCGCUGAAAACAUACCGCGAGUGUAUUAUUGUAUUGGUAAUUAUUGUAUUAAAUUAAAUGUUAAAAUGACUCGAUGAAAAAGAAAUACUUCUAUAGUACUGAGUAUAUAUAUUUUUUUUGUUGGACAAAUCUGGGCUGUGCCUUAAAUUUUAAUGAGCAUAACACUAGGAAACAUUAAAAAACGGCAAGUCGUAAAAUCCAGCAAAACUCUGCGGUAUUCAGAAGAGCUCGCGAUUGUUCAAAACGACCCCAGCACGUGGCGUGACAUCACGACGCUCGCACAAAGCUUACAUUUACAUUUACAGCAUUUGGCAGAGCUCUCUUCGACUUGCCUGCGUCGAACGGGAGUACAGCCAUUUAGAAACUCGUAUAACUACAGUACAUACAGUACGUGUCUUCACUGGUAGCAGUUAAAAAAAAAAGAAUCAUUUGCUUGUGAUUUUACUAAUUCAAGUAGUUUUCUGUAUAAAAUAAAAUGCAAAAAGACUCAAACUCCAAAUCUACAGCAAAAUCAAACAUUUUUCGCUGCAACAAUCACAAAUCCUGGAGGGACUGAAGAUACCGUGCAAAAGUGUGUCAUUAACAGAGGUGCCAACGUCGCGAACUACAAAAUCCUAGCAGGCAAUGAGAAGGGGGGGGCACAGUUACAUUUAACUGUGCUGAGCCUGUAUUGCUGUAGCAAAGUGUAAAAAAAAAAAAAAAAAAAAGGGUAGUAAAUGUUGGCACCUCUGCGUAAACAUCCGUUCAAACUGGAAUUCAAAUUAAAGUCAUUCAAAACGCAACAAUACAAAUUCUACGUAAUGUUCUCUCGCAUUUUGGUUCAUGACCAAAGUGCAUUUUUUACAAUAUUACCUUUAAAGAGCAAGCGGAUUUGUGUGUGUGUGUGUGUGUGUGUGUGUGUGUGUGGAUAGAGUUCUUCAGCAUGAAACAUCAGAGAAAUACCUGUUCUGUAUUAUUUAAAUCUGGUACUUGACAUUUCCUGCACAGAUUUUUAACCGUACGUUUACUCGAUCGUUUGAGCCACGUGUUCGACGUACACGUUCUCU